AUGAUGCGCAUUCCACUCUUCCGCAUCUGGUACUCGACCACGUACACGACCCUUCUCAUAAUCCUGCUCCUCCUCCUCGCCGUCACGCCUGCGGAUACGAUAUAUCAGUCGAUCAAAUCUGAAGAACUUCAAAAGCUUUUUGUCAUCGGUGGCGUCUACCUGCUCACUUGUUUGAUCGUACUGUUGAUCUACUCGACGCGCAUCUACACAAAUAGGACUGUGCUUGCGGCGAUACCGAAAAGCUAUGUGCCGAUCGAGGAAGGAGAGGUGGGCAAAGGGGUGCGGAGGAUGAUUAUGAAGCAUUUCAAGAGGAGUGCAGUUAUUGCAUGGGACAGCAGGCCGAGGGAUGUUAGGGGUGAGGUUGACCUAGAUGAGGAGAAAGGAGAGGAAUCACGGCCGAACACAGCGGAGACGAGGAGGGAGAAGCACAAAUCGCACAAGAAAGGCCACCAUCACCAUCACCAUGCACCUGAUGCGACAAUCAUCCCCGUUUCUAUGAACUCGCUGCCUUGGGGCAAUGUCUCGCAUCCUGGCUGGGCCUCCCCUUCGUCGCCUGAUCUGCCAAACCUACAGUACUGGGGCGUCAUCUGCGAACUGCCCAACCUCAUCGAAGCGAAAGCCGUUUCACUCGCGCCGCCAGACCCUGCGAUCGAGGAAAGCGCUCCACAGUAUCCUGACAAUGCGCCGCCUCUGCCGGAUGCGCGCAUUGUCACCCUCCUUCAGCGUCCGCGCGCAAUGGGCUUGCGCGAAUACCUCGCUCGCCUCGCAGACUUCGGGCUAUUGAAUCCACCCUCUCUCGGCGCUGUGUUCCUCGCACAAUACGAAUACGCCCGCUACUCUACCACGAGUUUGACGGAGACACAAUUCAGAGAUAUCAUGGCGGUCUUCGCAGAGAUACUCAGUGGGAUGACAGAAGUCGACCCCGAAAUUAUCGAAGAAGCACGCGCACAAGACAUCGAGUCUGAUACGCGCAGCCUCGCACCCACAGAGUCCAGCUCCGAAUCAAGCAUCUCCUCGCACUCGCAUCUGCCCUACCGCACACCCCAACUCGAGCGCCAAAUCUCCUUGUCCUCUUUCAACAGUUCCCUCUCCACCUCCGAUAGUAGUUCAACUCCACAUUCACCUCAGACUGUCCGCACCGCACCAUCGCGCCAACAGCGCAGCUCCACCGUUUUUGGCACGCCACGCACACCCUCACAAAGAUCAUAUGCGGAUGCAGAAUCGGACACAGGAUCUGUUGUGGUUCAUGAAAGACCGCGAAGAAGUCCAAGUACCUUGUUACCCAACUCGAGUGAGAGUUCUUUGGGCAGUGCUGGAAGUGUCAUUCGCUUGCAUCCUAAUCCGAGUGAGGGAGACUUGCCGUACGAGUACAACAUUGAUGCUGGGUGA